CCUACGCGGCCGUGGAGCCCCAUCCCGGAGAAGGGAGCGGGGUGUCUGGGUCGAGUUCCCCAGUUGGUCUGUUCUUCUGGGACGCUGGUGCGUGCAGAGCCUUGGGUUCGCAUUUCCGAGAUGGCGGAGCCGUCGGACAAGGCUGUGAAGUACUAUACCCUAGACGAGAUCAAGGAGCACAACCACAACAAGAGCACCUGGAUCAUCCUGCACCACAAAGUAUACGACGUGACCAAGUUCCUGAACGAGCAUCCUGGUGGGGAAGAAGUCUUAAGGGAACAAGCUGGCGGUGAUGCUACCGAGAACUUUGAGGAUGUUGGGCACUCUACAGAUGCUAGAGAAAUGUCCAAAACAUUCAUUGUUGGGGAGCUUCAUCCAGCUGACAGAUCAAAGCUAACCAAACCUUCGGAAACUCUUAUUACUACUGUUGAUUCUAAUUCCAGUUGGUGGACCAAUUGGGUGAUCCCAGCCAUCUCGGCACUGAUUGUAGCCCUGAUGUAUCGCCUCUACACAGCAGAAGACUAAUCUCUUCCCAGAAGCUAAUGCAAGAAAAGACUGCUUCAGACAUGGGAUAGAGAAGCCAACGUAACGGUCUACUGGAAGUGACAGAAACGUCCACUGAAAAAAUGAUUGUAAUGUGCCUGUCUUUCUCCUACAUUAGAAACAAAAAACAAGACAAAAAGCUGUUCUUUUCUUUCUACUCUUGAACUUUUCUUUUAGAGAAUGUCUUUUUAUUCAUCAACAUAAUUUUGAUGUUUCUCACUACAUAAUUCAGUUAUUGAGCUAAAUAUGAUCAUUUUAAAAUACACCUGGCUUUGAAAAUAUCCCA